CCCAGUGAAGGAGCCGCAGCCAGAGCAGCCCGGAGCGGGCGGGGGCCGUGGGGGCAGAGCCCUGGCCCGGCCUUACGGCUUUGCUGGAACCGGGGCGGGUGGAAGCGGGACCCGCCGGCGCCCAGCCGGGCUCCCGUCCCCGCAGGCACCGCACCGAAUUGGGCUCGGCGCCGGUCCCCCCCAGCCCUGGCUCUGCCCCCCACCACCCCGCCCCGGGGCUCCCGCACAAGCUGCCGGUGGGGCGGGCCCGGGCCGGGGGCUGCGGCUCCCCGGUGCCUCCGCCCCGCCGCAGAGGGGACGGGCGGGGGCUUCCUGCCGCCUCGGCAUUGCCGCCAGCGCCAUGGAGCGGCUCCGGUUCCCGUUCCCGCGGCUCCCGCGGCUCCUGGCCGCCGCAGUGAUCGUGGAGUGCUGCGCCCGGCUCUGCCCCGGUCUCGGCACCGGGACCGGCUCUGCCAUCCCCUGCGCCCGCCCGGGCGAGCGCUGCCGCACAGGUCUGGAGCGAGGAGCUGGCACGGGGCCCGCGCCGACGCCGGAGGCCGUGGGGCAGCCGCGGACAGGGGCUGAGCUGCCGCCCUUCCCUGGGACCCCCAACGGGACCGCUGAGCCCCCCAGCCCCCCGGGGAGCCCCCAGGCAGGCGGGGAGGGGACGGGGCCCACGGCGUGGGGUGGAACAGCCACCCAGCACCUGGGGCUGCUGCUCGCUGCUGGCAGCGAGGGGCCGUCCCCUCCCCCAGCCCUCGGGUCUCCCCCCGGGACUGACCCCGCAGGAAAUGUGACGGCGGGAGGUGCCACGACCCCGCAGGGGACCCCAUCGCAUUCGCCGUCCUCUGCAACGGUGCCCGGCUCUGCUGGAGGGCAGGGGGGGACCCCCAGCACCCCACCGGGAUGGAGCCCCACCGGGACAGGCCUUGCGCUGAGGCAGGGGGGCUCACACAGCCCCUCACCCCCAGAGCCGUGGGCUGGGGAGGGCCCAGGGGCCACUGUCUCACGGGGUGACAGCAGCACGGGGACUCACCUGAGCGUCUCGCUGGCCACGGACAGCCCUGUGCCGGGGAUGAUGGGGACGUCGCCCUUUGUGGGGGGGCUGCCAGGGCUGCCAAGCCCCGCGGGGACAGAGCAGGGGACCCGGCUGGGGCUGCCGGGGGAAGGACGAGGCUCUGAUUCCCACCCGGGGCACAGGACGGACAUUGCCUGGCAGGGUCCCCGCUCUGCCCCUCGCCCCUCCUCGCCCUCCCUGGGGACUGGUGGCCGUGGGGACCCCCCAGCCAGCACAGCCCAGCCAGCCACGGCGACAGGCCCAACCUCACUGCCUGCCGCAGGCAAGGGCUUGGGUUUACCUGUCCCCACUGCCACAGCCGGCACCCCAGGGGUGACAUCCCCCAGCCCGGGGGGAGCCCUGGGCCCGACCCCAGGGCUGUUGGGGCCACCCGACCCAGAGGGUGCCCCCGAGCACAGCCACGUCCCCCUGGACCAGACCUGGCAGCCCCCCACCUCGGCGGCCCCGGGCAGCACCGCUGUGGCACAGAGCGGGGGGGCACACGCCAGCCCAGGGCCCCCCCACGCCCCCACAGCCCCACAGCCUGCCCCAACCUCUGCAGUGCCCACGUCACCGACCCCACGGCCCUCCCCGGGGACCAGCUGGGGUGUCCCGGGGCUCAGCCCCACUCUGGGCACCCCCUUGACAGGGCCGUCCCCGCGGCACCAGCGGCCCCACACUGGUGUGGGGGACGGUCCUGCUGAGAGCCCCCAAAUCCUGGGGGGGACCCCGGUGGGGGUGGGUGAUGCCAGGCCCUGGGCAGCGACCACCCCGCCGAGCUGGCAGCUGGGCAGCCCGGCCCCUCCCUCAGCCCCUGGGCCCCCCCAGCACCUGGAUCCAUCCCAGGCUUCAUCUUCCCUGGGGCCGGCGGCUGCUCUCGGGGUCACCGGCACUGCUGUCACCGCCAGCACGGCACCGCUCGGUGCCAGGGGGACGGUCCCACCAGAGCCCGGUGCUGGGGUGUUUCAGGGGGCUGCAGCAGGGCUGACGUGGGGGCCCCCAACUCAUCUGCCCACCAUGGCACCAGCGCCCCCCCAGCAGCCCACCGAUCUCCCCGGGACCCUGGGCCAUCGUGGGGGCCCCGGGUCCCCCCCAGCUUCGGGGGACGCAGAACUGGUCCAGCCGCCGAGCAGCCCCGGAGGGUGGCCGGAUGCUGACACCCCCCAAGCGACACCGGCCCCCGCUGCGGCAGGCAGGGCCCCCCGGGUGUUCAUCGUGGAGGAUCAGCCACCCCUCCUGAGAGCAUCCCUCCUCCGCAUCCCCUGCGAGCUGGUGCUGGACAUGGGGUUCGUCCCUGCUCUGCAAGACCCCGGCUCCCACGAGCGCCGGGGGCUGCUGCACAGCUUCAACCGGACAGUUGUGCCCCUCUUCAUGUCGGUGCCGGGGUUCCUGAGGCUGGAGGUGACGGGGAUCAGGGAGGGCAGCGUGGUGCUGCAGUACGACGCGCUGUUCGCGGCCGAGCGGGUGCCUGCGCCAGGGCUGGGCGCGCUCCUCGACGCGGCGCUGGGCUCCGGCAGCGCCCGGCCCGGGCUGGCGGUGGGCACGGCCCCCGUCCUGCGACACGUGGCUCUGGAGCGGCCGCUGGACCCCUGCGCUCUGCUCUUCGCCUGCCGGGCCGGCUUCACCUGCGUGGCCGGGGCGGACGGGAACGCCACCUGCACCUCCCUCUGCCACCGCGACUACUGCAAGAACCACGGCAUCUGCACCCACCCCCGGGACCGCGGGCCCCUGUGCCAGUGCCCCGUCGGCAGCGAUUUCUGGUUCGUGGGGCUGCGCUGCGACUACCGGGUGACGCAGCAGAGCUUGCUGGGGGUGGCCGCGGGGGUCCUGCUCAGCAUCGUCCUCCUGGGCGCCGUCGUCGCCGCCGUCGCCAUUCGGCGGUUCAAGGCGCUGCUGCUGGAGGCCAGGGCCGAGCAGAGCCGCAGCAGCUACCGCCGGUUCUGCCGCCUGGACGACCUCUCGGCCCGGUACUGGUCCCGCUCCUGGUUGCCCUCGGCCAGCUCGCUGGACAACCCGGCCUUCAGCAACUCGGAGGAGCUGCUGCACCUGCGGAUCCUGGACAGCGGCUGCUGCGGCUGCCGGGGGGACGCGGCCGCCACCGCCAGCGCCAAGCAGCGCCCGCCCGCCCGGCCCAGCUCCCAUUACGCCUGGGACACCAGCUCCAGCACCAUGAACGACCCCAUGGUGGACUCGGGAAAAGCCAGCGAUAUCUCGGUGUCGAGCUGGCCGCUGGAGCCCGGGCAGUGGGGGCCCUUCCCCCUCCUCCACCAGCUCUCCAGGCAGCGCCCGCACCGAGCCCGGCGGCCUCGUUCGCACGGCGAGGGGCUGGAGCUGGGCAGCCUGGAGAGGAGCUGGACAGCCUGAAGAGCGCAGAAGUACAGGCCACAAGGUUCAGCUUUUAAAACCAACCACAUUUUAUUUCCACGUAACAAGCUCAGUGAAGGAAUUUCAAACACUUUGACAAUACAAUCAACGCAGGUGCGAUGUCAGUUCCACGCCAGGCAGAGGCCGGAACGAUUCUCUGCCAACGUUUUCACCACUGCUUCAGGACCAGACUUCAGGAGCCAGCUUUGGCUUGGGACAGCGUAUUUCAUAGUAAGUAGUUACAGAGAAGUGUCUAGCAACACACAAUGCUGGCAUCCAACAGAGUUAAUGACUUACAUCCGGCAAUUUGAAAAUAAAGUCUAACAGAUUUUUUGAAGUCACAUCAUACUAUGUACAUAUAUGGUCUGCCCUAUAGCCAUUUCAGAACAAGCUAAGCCACUGUGAAAAGUGAGAUACAAAUUAAGCGCUGCUGCAUUGUUCGUCAUGAUUAAUGUAAAUGAGGUAUAAAUUUAAACACCAGUACGUUUUAAGCAUUAAAGUUUAUUUUCCAAAAUGCUCUCCUUA